UCUUAAUGCCACAAUAGCACUGAGAUAUUAGGCGGACUCACGAGCUGACAACACAGACUAUCACACAGCAAUGGAUGUACCGUUGGAGAGCUUAGUCAUUCGCCAGAAGGACGAAGAUGGUACUGUGCUCUAUGAGUCUUACAUUCCUCCUUCUCGGGAUUCCAUUCACCUGCCUACAUAUGUUCUGUACCUGCUCAUAGCUGUCUUCAUCGUGCUGUCUGUUCUUUAUGCCAUUAUUGGCCAUCUCAUCAAAGACCUCAUCCAUGACUUUGCAGACUGUAUGCUUGGGGAGCAGCCUGAGGAAGUGGUGGUGAACUAUUGUGAAGCCAAGGAUAAGUUCAUGGCAGACUGGGCCCCAGAAACCUCCCCUGAACUGGAGGCAAUGGCCCUGGCAGAGGAGAAGAAGAUGGUUGACAGGGACUUUAUGAAAUCUCCAGCCAUCUGGAUCAUCUCCACAGAACCGCGAAGCACCAGGACAGGACCCCGUGUGGUUUUUGGGAAGAUGACUUAGUCAAA